AUGGACGUCCCAAGACCUGACGGUCCGGACAUCAACAAAGGGACGAAUAUUUUCAUUGGAUGCUGGGUGUUGACUGGCUUCGUCUUCUUCGUUCUGCUGUUUAGAUUCGGUGUCAAGGCCUGGAUAGCAUGGCUGCUGCCGAGUGUCUCGAGGCCCGAACGAGUAUGGGGAUUGGAGGAUUUCUUCUUUGCAUUGGGGUAUGCUUUUGACAUUGGGCACAUGGCCCUGAUCUGGAAGAGUUGGGAAUGGGGUCUCGGAAGGCACUUCUUCUAUCUCUCUCCGAUUGAGAAAAACCGAGCAAUGAAGUGGGAUUUCAUAUCCCAGCCUCUGGCCGUGUCUGCGGCCAUGUGGUCUCGAACAGGCGUCAUCAUCUUCCUGUACACUUGCUUCGCGCAGAACAGGAGGAGUUUGCGCGUUAUUGUCGUCAUCUGCAUGGCCGUCCAAAUCGUCGCAAAUCUCUUCACCAUACUGCAAAUCUUCCUCCAAUGUGGACCGAAUCCGUACCGACUCGUCAACCGAGCAAGUUACUUCCAUUACAUGUGGGACCCAUUGCCGGAAGAUGGCUCGGUCAUCUGUCAAGCGCCCACAGUCCAGGCGAUGGUGGGAUAUGUGCAGGGCGCGUUCAACUGCAUCAUCGACUUCACCUUGACCUAUCUGGCCGGUUUUGAGCUCUGGCAGUUCAUGCUCCGAGGCGCACAUAGUAUCAGAGAGAACUCGUUUCUUACCAGGUUCAAGAGACUCGAUCCUAGGAUUCGCAGUCAACGAAUCUGGCAAACCUUGUUGCUGUGCGUCCCGCUGCUGCUAUCAGGCAUUGCCUCGAUCAUCAAGACAUACCUUCUCUCAGCCAUCGGAAGCAGGCUGGACUUCACAUGGAACAUCGUUCCCUUCAUCCUAUGGGUCAAAAUCGAGAACUACUGCAUUCCCAUCGCGACAACAGCGCCAAUCCUUCGUCUCUUCAUUCGUACCUUUAUCGACCAGCGGGGGACCGACAAAGGGUAUAACAGCAGUGGGAGUGGCGGGCUCGGCUCAAAACCAGGCGCACAACCCACCGAGUUGAGUAACCUGCCCCAUGGCCGGUCACAGAAACAAUCUGGGAAUAAAGGCUUCAUCCACAUGCAAGAGACGGAUGAGAUCAGUGACUCAGCGCCUGGGGGAAGUCUCCACGGGUCUGAACACGCUCUCGUCAACGAGAGUGGGAUCACAGUCAAGCAUGAGUAUGAAGUACGGGUCGAAGAGAGCGAUGGGCUCCAUAUCACAAAACCGGGCGUUCGAAAAGACCAGCGCUGGAAUUGA